AUGACUGGCCUGAGCUACCUUCAUUAUAAUCACAUCAUGCACCGCGAUAUCAAGGGCGCCAACAUUCUGGUGGACAACAGGGGGUGCAUCAAGCUAGCUGACUUUGGGGCAUCGCGGAAGUUAGCAGAUCUGGCAACGAUGAGCGGGCACAAGUCCAUGAAGGGCACGCCCUACUGGAUGGCGCCCGAGGUGAUCAAGCAGACGGGGCACGGCAGGCCGGCAGACAUCUGGAGUGUGGCGUGCACGGUCAUUGAGAUGGCAACAGGCAAGCCGCCUUGGAGCGAGUUCCUCUCCCAGGUAGGUACCAACCCUGUUCUUCUUCCGGGUGAUUUUUUAGUCGACUCAAAAGUCGUCUGGAGUGUGGCGUGCACGGUCAUUGAGAUGGCGACAGGCAAACCGCCCUGGAGCGAGUUCCUCUCCCAGGUAGGUACCAACCUCUCCCAGGUACCAACCUCUCCCAGGUACCAACCUCUCCCAGGUGUCAGCGCUGUUCCACAUAGCACAGUCCAAGGGCCCGCCUCUCAUCCCCGACCACUUGGUGGUGCCAAGGGCCUCCUCGGUUCAACCCGCAUUUUCCCCACCCCCUCAUGCCCCCUCCCCCUCAUGCCCCCACCCCCUCAUGCCCCCUCCCCCAUGCAGGUGUCAGCGCUGUUCCACAUAGCACAGUCCAAGGGCCCGCCUCUCAUUCCCGACCACCUGUCUGCCGAUGCAAAGGACUUUCUGCUGCGCUGCUUCCACCGCACGGCAUGGCAGCCCGGAACCUUCUCUGAGCUUUCUGACCUCUCGUUUCGGAGCGAUUUCAACCCAAUGGAGGAGCCAUCGCACAACGACCCGCUGGGCUCAUACGUGACGGCAGCGCGUGGGCACGGGGGCGAGUCGUCUGCUUUCACAGAGGACGAGGUUACUGGCCCUCUCAGGAAACACUUGGGCGCGGAUAGUGCCUCUAGAGAGGAUUUGUGCAGUGAUUCUGUGGGCGGGACAAGCAGUGGAGCGGUGGGGGAGAGGGGACUUUUGAGUCGACUCAAAAGUCACCUCAAUAGUGCCUCUAGGGAGGAUAUGUGCAGUGAUUCUGUGGGCGGGACGAGCAGUGGCGCGGUGGGAGAGAGAGGGGAACGGGGAGAGGAUAAAGGGGACGAGGGGAAGAGUGGGGAGGUGGAGGGACGGCGGAAGGAGGAAGGGUGGGAAGGGGACAGGGCUGGUAGAGGGAGGGAGGGGGUGGAGAGGGGAGGGGAGGAUUGUGUAGCUGUGAUGGUUAGCCGUGGGAGUGCAGGCGGGGAGGAGUUGAAGCAAGGGCAUGAGGGGAAGCAAGGGCAGCAGAAGCUGCCAGUGGAAGGGCUGAGAGAAAGCGAGGAGUUGAGACCAACUGUGGGGUUGAGACCGUCGCUGAGACCAUCAUUGCCUCAGCUGGACUUGUCUCUUGCAAUGUCACACAUGCAAGGGGGGCUGGGAGGAGGGCACGGGGGACCGGGAGGGCUUGAACGGGAGGAGAGUGAGACAUACUCAGAAGAGGCAGCAUCUGGUGACAGCAGUGCUGCGGUCUGUGGCCAAGAGGGGAAAGCAGGAGCAGCACCGGAAGAAGGUGAUGGGGUGCGGGCAGUGGGACAGCAGGCGGAGCAGCAGGGAGCACAGCCGGGAGAGCAUCAGGCUGUAGCGUGUGGUGAGAGCGUCGGUAGGCCACCGUCUCCUUCCAUGCUGAAGCAGGGUGGUGUGGGUGGGGUUGGUGGGAUGAGUGGGGCGGGUGGGGCUGGUGCUAUGGGUGGGUUGAGUGGGGUAGGCCACACCACGCCAGGGCAGACCACCACACCCAGCCGGCCUGCUGGGCUCUCCCCCUCUCCCCGCCGCCACCGCGAGUCCUCGCCCGCCCGGAAAAAGCGGAUUCUCAAGGAGAGUUUUGUGCUCCCACGGGAUUUAUCCCACCACCUUCCCUCCCGAAUCAUCCAUUCCAUCAGCCAAUCAGCUAUCUCCGUCCCUGGACCCGUCUCGUCCCCCUCCUAUCACAGCUUUGAAGGGCUACUCUCAGGGAAAUCAGGGGAGGGCCGUCGGGUUACUCGCACCCCCUCUCAUGGGAGCGAACAGAGAUCAGUGGGGAGUGAGAGGAGUGAGAGUGUGAGUAGAGGAGGGGAAGGUGGGUCCGGAAGGGCCCCUACUCUUUCCCCGCGGCCGCCCGGGAUUGUCAGCAGCAAGUCGGGCAGCUGGGUGAACAGUAGCGAGGGCGACUUUUCCGGGCGGCAGCACCCGGGCAGCUUCGAAAGUUUUGGGCAGGAGGGGAGGGUGGGGAGACAGGGGAGUGGGGCGUUGCACAGAGGAGGGAGAGGAAGCGCGAGCAGCGGCAGAGCAUCGGUUGGGGGAGGAGGGGUUGGAGGGUCGGUAGUGGGGUUAGGAGGAGUGGGGAGGGUUUUGAGUGGUGGGGGAGGGGUGCCGGUGGGAAGGAGUGGAUCGGGGGGGAGCCUGUUUGCGAGUGGAGUGGGAGGAGGGCUGUACCCUUCUGGAGGGAACGUCCUGGCAUUGCUACAUGACAGCACUGACAGCUUUGUUGGCCAAUCGGGGGACCUCAAGCGGCAGCAGUGGGAGGCAGAGCUUCAGCAGGAACUGGCGUUGCAGAGAGAGGAGAAGCGCAAGCAGAUGUCACGGUCGAGCAGCAACGGCAGCGCUGCAGGGGGGGUUGGAGCCAGCCACACCAACAGCAUCGGCAGCGCUAGCGGUGCCAGUGCGGCUCCGUCUCCUCUCCGCGUCGAAACCUGCCCGUCUAACUGCUUCCAAUCGACUGCCAUCCCUAAAAUCCUGCUAAGCUAA